GCCUUCAGAAAGCCCGAGUGCCUCGAAGCCGCUUUUACGCGACUCUCUCCUACUGCGGUCUCUCUCUCUCUCUCUCUCUCUCCGGCGUCUUCUGAUCUCGUCGAACAGAAAAAUGAUUAAUCUUUUUAAGAUAAAGGGCCAGAAGAGAGAAGAUGCUGCAAAUGCCAAUGGAAGGGCUCCUGUCAAGAAACAAAGUGCUGGGGAAUUACGUCUUCAUAAAGAUAUUAGUGAGCUUAACCUACCUAAAACCACUACUAUUUCAUUUCCCAACGGAAAGGAUGAUCUGAUGAACUUCGAAAUCAGCAUUCAACCUGAUGAAGGAUAUUAUCAAGGUGGUACAUUCAUUUUCACCUUUCAAGUUUCUCCUUCAUAUCCUCAUGAACCACCGAAGGUGAAGUGCAAGACGAAGGUCUACCAUCCAAAUAUUGACUUGGAGGGAAAUGUGUGCCUAAACAUUCUGCGUGAAGACUGGAAACCUGUCCUCAGCAUAAACACUGUUAUUUAUGGCUUGAAUCUUCUUUUCAUGCAACCCAAUGAUGAGGACCCCUUGAAUCAUGAUGCAGCGGUUGUUUUACGUGACAAUCCUAAGUUGUUUGAGAGCAAUGUGAGAAGGGCAAUGGCUGGAGGUUAUGUGGGUCAGAUCUACUUCCCCAGGUGCAUAUAACAUGAUGCCGGUAGAUUGGAGUGCCCGUGUUUCCUCAUCUUGUGUUUCAAGUUUUAACGGCCCUUGAGCUCUGAAUUCUGUCAUAAAUUGUUGUCUUUUGGGCUGCAAUUUGUUUCGGGGUGUAAAUACCUUUGAAACCAUGUAAUCGUCCAAGAAGGGAUUCAUUUGCUGCUGCAAUGCGUGAAACUUUUACUGGAUUGGGAUCAUUUGGAGCGUGGUAUAAAUUGGUGAAUUAGGCCAGGCACCUGGCGGGGAUAUGUAUUGGGAACAUGUGCUUAUAUUCCACUCCAACCUUAGCCCUAUCUUUUUAUAGAGUUUCUUCAUUAGAUCUGGCGAGGCAUAUUAUAUUCCAUAUAUAUUUUGCAGCAAAAUUUUGAUUAAUGGUGGUUGAAUAGCACCAAA